AUGAUAGCAGCAGUGGAAGCUCUGCAGCGCGGGUGCCAGGAGCGUCUCCGCGCCAUAUUCUCAUCGUGGGAGCAGGUGUCACCAUGGCUCAAGGUCUCCUCUCACCGAGGCGGUGACGUGACGCCGAUACGCAGUUAUCCAUCGAAUGCCUCUCAUGGAUUCCCCUCUUCUCACUCAAACCUAGCCAGUCCUCUCCUGGCAAGUGAAACAGCGUCAGGAUCUCCCGCAGCAGGUUUUCUGACCCCCAUUGACGAGUACGGCCAUAUAUCUCCGCCUCUAUCGGCCACAUGCCCUUGGUUGGCACAUCCAGACCAAAUCGCCGCCUGUCCAUCCCUGCCCUCCCCGCUCGACUUGUUACACGGUACAAGACGAAGCUUCUUGGCGGACAACAUCAGCCACGUCCUCCAAGUGCGGGCCAUCCGUGAUCCGGAACGUUUGGCAAGCGGGUGGCUCAUUUACGGCUUUAGCAAAGGGCGAGUUUCUCCGGGUCUUACGGCUGUUUCGCAGAUCCCGCCAUUUUUGCGGCCUGUCCUGCUGCAGAUGCCAUGCGGCCAUCCCGCCGCACUAGACCUCCUUAUCUUGCCACAAAUACGGAUCAACCUCACCGAGAACUGGGAGAAGAAUGACUUUAGAGAGGUAUUUGACUAUAUGUCGUGCUGCCAGAAGGUGCGGCAGCGAGGAUAUCCUGGAGCGCGACGGCCAAGACAAUCUCUGUAUCCGAUUGGUGAUUUUUUACGCGUGAGAGUGGGUGGGGACUGA